GGUGCUGAAACCGGAGCGAUGUUAUAGAUGGCCGGGUGAGACGUUACCAGUAUAGGCAACUUUGUAGAAUGUGUACCAUUAUGCAACGUUAUAUAGGCAGCGACCCAGGCAGGUACUAUGCACGCGUUUCCUUCACAUUUAGAUUGUUUGGAUCGUCGAAACAUAGGAUGCGUGUUCCUGGGAAAUUAGUGCUAAAUGUUGGCGACAAACCGAAAGCUUCCGAGGUGUUAACUGCCUACUUAAAGCAGUGCAACGAGCCACCAUGGACGUCUUACUUCAUUAAGCACCGUGACGUAAUAAACGAUCAAUUUGGUAGGUCGCACUUCAACUGGACCCUCGAUACCGGCACCAACUACCAUAUCUUGCGGACUGGAUGCUUUCCCUACAUGAAGUACCACUGUACCAAGCGCCCCAUUCAGGAUCUGACCCUCGACGACUACUUUUUCCGUUGUAUCAAAGUAGUAAAUCUGGGCAUACCGCCACUUUUUUACGGGCUGGCAGCAGUCUUUCUCAUCCGGCAUACCGAGCUGGUCGAGAUGGGUAGCUACGGCCGGGUGCCGAUUUACUUUCUUUACGAGGAACACAAAGGUUCACAGUAUUGAAUCUUAAUGCAUUCUCCAGUCAGAAAAAAGUGUGUAUGUAGUACGAAAUGUAAUAAUGGUGUAAAAUAGAUCAAAUAAUCUCGAAUAAGUAAUAUAUUAUAAAUGCGGCGCAGUCCGUUCUUCUAAAAUUAAAAAAAUGUACCAUAUUAGACCAU